CAGUAGUUUUUAUUGCUGCUCCUUCACCCAAAACCCUCAACUGUCCUUCGUUUCUCUUAUGGUAUCAGAGCGCAGCGCCAUUCUUGGAGCCUGAUCCAGGACGGAGCAGCAUUUCUAAGUCACAAUGAGUGGAGGUAAGAACAAUCGAUGUCUGGUUCAGCUGUUCAUUCUUCCGCUACUGCAGCAACCAUGGCAUCAGCUCAAGCUACACAACCCUCUCCUGAUUUCCAGUUUGGUAACCCAUUCUAUCAGAACCCUAAUGAAAAUCUGUCUCAGUCUAUUUUAUCUGAAGUACUACAUGCUAGCACCUAUCAGAUGUGGGCGAGAUCUAUUCGCAUCGCCCUGAAAACCAAGUACAAACUUGGGUUUAUUGAUGGAUCUGUUGCCAUCCCAGAUCUGAUCCUAAUGGGUAUAGAGCAUGGGAUGCUUGUAACACUGUGGUGCUUUGUUGGAUCAUCAAUUCUUUGCAUAAGGAUAUCAAACGCAGUGUCCAAAGCCAUAAAGUGGCUCAAAAUCUGUGCGAAUAACUGAAAGACAGGUUUGGUCAAGCCAAUGCUAUUAAGUUGACAAAUCUCGAAGAUGAUAUUCAUGCUUGUAAGCAAUGAAACCUGACGAUUACCCAGUAUUAUUCGUUAAUGAAGGGAUUAUGGGAAGAGUAUUCAAAGUUUAACCCAAUUUUUCCAUGUACCUGUGCACCAGGACAAGUUUUACCUUGUCCAGCAGUUGAAGCCUUUAAGGCCAAACAAGAAACAGACUAUCUUGUUAGGUUUUUAAGAGGAGUGAAUCCUGCUUUUGAUGUAGUCAAAACCCAGCUCUUGAUGAUGAAGCCCCUUCCCACAGUUGUUGCAGCAUAUGGGGAUUUAUUCCAACAUGAACAAAAGUUGAAGUCAGACAAAGGAAGAACUACUCAAUCAGUAGCUCUUGCAUCUUAUGGUAGGCAGACUGGUCAAGGAAGUGAUAACAAUACUGGGAAACAAGCACCAAGUCAAGGCAAUGCAGAGGCAAGUGAAACAGGACUGUUUUGCAGAUACUGCAAAAAGAUUAAUCAUAACAUUGCAGACUGCUGGAAGUUGAAAAGGAAGAACAAGGAACAAGGUACUGGUAACCAUUUUGCUGAGACAGUGAGGCAUUGUGAUGUUUGUCAUUUUUCUAAACACAAGAGAUUACCUUUUCAUUUAAGUGAGCACAGAGCUAGUUAUGUUUUUGAUUUUAUCCAUGUAGACAUAUGGGGGCCCGUGGCACUUGAAUCUUAUGAUGGUUUUUCAUAUUUCCUUACUGUGGUUGAUGAUCAUUCUCGUGUUGUGUGGACCUUUCUUAUGAAACAUAAAUCAGAAACAAGAACAUUGUUGCAAGGUUUCUGUGUGAUGGUAAAGAACAAGUUCUCUAAAUCUGUCAAAACUAUCAGAAGUGAUCAAGGGAGAGAGUUUCAUAUGAAUGAAUUCUACCAAGAACAUGGGAUAAUACAUCAGAUGUCCUGUGUUGCCACACCAGAACAAAAUGGUAGGGUUGAGCGUAAACAUCAGCACAUUUUAAAUGUGGCACGAGCCUUAAGAUUCCAAUUUGGAGUGCCUCUGAAGUUUUGGAGUGACUGCAUCCUGCAUGCAGUACACUUGAUCAACAAACUUCCUACCCCUAUCUUGCAGAAUAAAAGUCCCUAUGAGCUGCUUUAUCUAUCUCCUCCAUCACUUGACCAUUUAAAAGUUUUUGGCUGUUUAGCCUAUGCCUCCACUCUUAGCAGUGAAAGGACAAAGUUUCAAACUCGAGAAAGGCAGUGCAUCUUUUUAGGGUACUCUUUUGGUUUUAAAGGCUACAAACUUUUUGAUCUAACAUCUCAUGAAGUUUUCUUGUCCAGAGAUGUCACCUUUUAUGAGGAUAUCCUUCCUUUUCAUGGAAUGGUUGAUGAUGAUGAAGAAGAUACACCUACCUUUCCUGAUCUUCCCACAGUUCAGUUUCCUGAUACUCAGGCUCAUGGGGGCCAUGUUGCACCUACACCUUUUCUAUCUUCAUCUGCUGAUGAAUCCUCUCAAUUUUUGGAACCUCAGAACUCAUCCUUUGUGGAUCAUAGUCCUGAGUCUCCUGCUUCACCUUCCUCAGCAGAUGAAGACCACUCCACAGAUGAAGAUUUUGCUGAUGCUGAGCCUGACUAUCAGGAAGAAUCAGAUGAUGAAUUGCUACUAGGGGAUUAACUGGAUGAUAAUGAGCUUCCACCAAGGAAAAGGAAGCCACCAGUUUGGCAUAAAGAUUAUGUCACUACCAUAAAUCAGAUUAGUCAAU